CCCGGGUUGGCUGCUGAAGGCGGUGUCUGGGUGGUUGUUGCGGUGUCAGUGGCCCAGAGCCCUUGCUGGGUGCGGGGCCCCUUGUUGUCAUGGAGCUCAUCGCUCGCAACAUCCAGGUGCUGCUGCAAGCAGCCGAGUACCUGGAGCGCAGGGAAAGAGAAGCUGAACAUGGCUAUGCUUCUCUCUCGCCUUAUUGCGGCCAAGACGUGUUACAGGCGCGGAGGAGGCCGAAGCCUCGAAAGGCCCUGAAUAGCCUCAGGUCUGUGCACAAUGAACUGGAAAAGCACAGGAGGGCCCAGCUGCGCCAGUGUUUAGAGCAGCUGAAGCAGCAGGUCCCAAUGAACACCGAACAUUCCCGUUAUACAACCCUGAAUCUUCUACACCGAGCCCGGCUGCACAUUAAGAAGCUGGAAGAGCAGGAACAGAGAGCUCAGCAACUGAAGGAGCGGCUACGCUGCAAGCAGCGCCACCUGCACCAGCGGCUGGAAGAGCUGCUGGCCCACUCCAGCGUGGAGCGGCCGCGAGCAGACAGCCUGGACUCUUCCCGGUUCUCCUCCGAACACUCUGAUUCAGAAGAUGCCGAGGUGGAUGUGGAAGGUCUGGUGUUCAGCAGCAUUGAAGAGGACGUUGUGGCUGCCUUCAGCACCGGGCGGGAGCACAGUUACUCCACCUCCAGCAACAUCUGGUUGUGAUGGACAGAAGCCUGGGGAUGAGACCAGUUCUCAUCCAGACAGAUCUCCACCCUGCCAGCCACGGCUUCAUGCCAGUAUAAACGGAAUGUGGCUUGUACCAAGACUGCUUUCUCUAAGUAAAGGAGGAACCUCUCGCCUGGUGCAAAGGACAAUUCUGCUCACCCUGCACCUCUACUUUCUGCUCAAACCCAGCCAGAGAGACUUGUGCAGAAGCUGGCUAGCUUUCCUUCCCACUACUUGGUGACGGGUGAAAGAAGAAUGAAGCUUCAAAGCACUUGAUCUGUAGCCCGUGGCUUAAGCUAUGUAUUUUGGGGUGGGGGGUUUAUAUUGUUCCAUUGCACCCUUCUGUGAUGAAAGCUUACUGCAUAUCUCAUCUCUGGGUUCUCUUCGCAGAGAUUUGGACGGGCAAGAACUGGACGCAAAUCCCAGUAAUGGCCAGAAUUAGACAAUGGCAUACCUGAUCCUAGAAAUUUUAAAGUUUUAUAGAAAAGAUGCACUUAGUGCUAGGCCUGCAGGAUUAAAAAAAGCAAAAACAAAACAGGAAGCUCUUAUUUUCAGUUCUUCCAAAUGAACUGAGUUGUGCUAUAGCUGAUUAGAGUUGUGAUUUAGUAACAGAACUGGGAUUACACUUGUGGAGGGAGGGGGGCUUGUAUCAUGACAAAAAUCCAAUUUAUUCAGAUAUUCCAGCUCCCCUGGAACAAAGCUGGUUUCCCUUGUGUGACCCAUUCCCAUAUUUACUUGGCCGUAUUUUAGUAAAUAUUUUUAAUGACU